GGCGCCGGCCCCUCCGGCCUUCUCCUUGCCCUGCUCCUCUCCCGCCACGGGCGUUCCCCUUCCUCCCCCUUCGGAUCACCCGGCGGCGGCGGCGGUAUCCCCGUAACCAUCCUCGAAGCCUCCCACCAACUCGAUUCCCGCCCGCGCGCCGCCCACUACGGCACAGCAUGCAUUCCCGACCUCAUUCGCGCAGGCAUCAUUGACAAGAUCCGUGAUCGUGGAUUUGUCCUGUCGACCAUGACGUGGAGGAAGCCAAGGACUUUUGAAGAAGUGGGCGGGUUUGAGUCCAGUGGGUUGAGGGGAGAAAAAGGAGAAGAUAUGAGGACGCAUUGUCUUGUCUUGCAAGAUUUGUUGGAGGUGAUGCUUGAGGAGUGUGUGGAACGGGGGGUGGAGGUGUGCUGGAGGCAUAGGGUUGUGGGGGAAAAGGGGGAGGAAAAGGGGGCUUGGGUUGAGGUUGAGGUUACGGGGGAGGAUGGUGAAGUCAAGGAGAGGAAGAGGUUUGGUGGGGAGGGAUGUAUCGUGGUGGGCGCGGAUGGAGCGAAUAGUGCGGUUAGAAAGGGAUUAUUUGGGGAUGAGUUUCCGGGGUUUACGUGGGAUCGGACGAUUAUUGCUACGAAUACAUACUACGACUUUGACAAAUUCGGCUGGUCCGACGCCAACUUCAUCAUCGACCCCGAUAACUUUUUCAUGGCAGCCCGCAUCUCCCCCUCCACCCCCUCCCACCCCGCCCUCUACCGCAUCACCUACGCCGAAGUCCCCAACCUCACCCACGCCCAAUACCUCUCCCGCCAACCCUUCAAAUUCCAAUCCAUCCUCCCCGGCUCGCCCACCCCAGACCAAUACCAACUCCUCACCCUCUCUCCGUACCGGAUGCACCAACGCUGCGCGCCCUCCUUCCGCGUUGGCCGUGUGCUCCUAGUAGCAGACGCUGCCCACCUGUGCAACCCGUGGGGCGGCCUGGGUAUAACAGGCGGGUUCGUCGAUGUAGGCGGGCUGUAUGAUUGUCUGGCGGGGAUCUGGGAUGACAAGGCGGAUGAGGAGGAGAUGUUGGAGCUGUAUAGUGAGAAGAGGAUGGAGAAGUGGAAGACGAUUAUUGACCCGGUGAGUCAGGAGAACUUUAGGAGGGUGAGUGGGCAGCUUGCGUUGGAAAAGGAUGAGUUUUUGGGGGCGUUGAGAGAGGUGAAGGGGGAUGAAAAGGGGGUGAGGGACGUGUUGUUGGGGAUGAUGGCGGUUAGGUAUGAUUUUACGGGGCAUUAUAGGCGGUGA